GUGGUUUUCUUUUUUUCACAUGGUCAUCAAUUGAAGUAAAUAACUUAUUAAUUCUUUGCCCUUCAACACAAAAUAAUAACAAAACGCAAGAUUAUAAAUAUUCAACAAUCAUGGGAAAAGACUAUUAUCAAAUUUUAGAAGUUGAUAAGAACGCUGACGAAGAAGCUAUUAAAAAAGCCUAUAAAAAAUUAGCUCUUAAAUGGCAUCCAGACAGACAUCAAAGUAAUAAAGAACAAGCAGAAAAAAAGUUCAAGGAAAUCAGCGAAGCUUAUGAAGUAUUAAGUGAUAAACAAAAAAGAGAGAUUUAUGAUAUUGGAUUCACUGGCGGAUUUCCAGGUGGAUUUCCAGGUAGUUUCCCAGGUAGUUUCCCAGGUAGUUUCCCAGGUGGAUUUCCAGGCGGUAGAACAUCAUAUACAACAUUCACUUCGGGAUCCGACGGAUUUAAUGGAUUUAAACCAUCCGAUCCAAAUCAUAUUUUUAGUCAAUUCUUUCAGUCUUCAUUCGGUAAUGAUUUUGCAGGAUUUGGACCUGAAUUUGAUGUAGGUGGCUCAAGACCUGAUGGUAAUAAAAGAUCACAUGGCAAUGGUACAGGAACAUUAGAAGUUAAACAUACAUUAUCAUUAACACUUGAAGAAAUAUAUAAAGGUACUGCUAAAAAACUCAAAGUCUCUCGAAAAACAAUUGCCGGCGCAACUGGUAAACCAAUGCUUACUGACAAAAUUUUGGAAAUGAAUGUAAGACCUGGUUUGAAAGCCGGUACAAAAUUCAGGUUUCCCAAAUCAGGUGAUGAAUUACCAACUGGUGAAACACAAGAUAUUGUUGUAAUUUUAGAAGAAAAACCUCAUCCGCUAUUCACAAGAAAUGGUGACAAUUUACUAAUAACAGUCACAUUAACUUUACUUGAGGCUCUUACCGGCUUUAAGAAAACCAUAAAUACCUUAGAUAAUAGAAAUUUGGCGAUAUCUAAUUAUAACGCUGUUAUAAGACCUGGUUACGAACAAAUUUUUGCAAAUGAAGGUAUGCCAACAAAAGAACAGACUAAAAAAGGUGAUUUAGUAAUAAAAUAUGAUGUUAAAUUUCCUACUAAAUUAACUGAUCAUCAAAAACAAGAACUUGCAAGGAUUUUACAUAAUUAG